AUGGUCGAUCAGGGCCCUGUCGCUCCAUCCAGCGCCGGCAGUCAAGUUCCUAAACUCCAAAGCAAACUCCUGUGCAGUCCUCGUCUCCUGCCUCAGAUGAUAGAGGCGCUCACCCGCCGCUCUGCCUUCGGAUGGUACUGGGUAGACCGUGGCCAGAUACAAGUUCAGUUUAAGGAGGAAACCCUGGCAGCCGGCAGCAUCUUCGUUGUAUCCCGUGGCUGCUCCCACAACUACCUUAGCUGUUCCUACAACAACCAUAACUGCUCCAACAACAACCACAGCUGCUCCAAAAACAACCAUUUCUGCUCUCACAACAACCACAGCGGCCCCAACAACAACCACAGCUGCUCCAAGAACAACAACAGCUGCUCUGACCACAGUUACAACUGGUUCUUCAACCACUAUCACAACACAGGCCCCUCCACCACCAGAGACGACAACAGCUGCAGCUACAACAACCAUAACUGCUCCAACAACAACCACAUCUGUUCCCCUAACAACCACAGCUGGUCUCACAACAACCACAGCUGCUCCAACAACAACCACAGCUGCUCCAACAACAACCACAGCUGCUCCAACAACAACCACAGCUGCUCUAACAACAACCACAGCUGCUCUAACAACAACCACAGCUGCCCCCACAACAACCACAGGUUCCCUCAUAACAACCACAGGUUCCCUCAUAACAACCUCAGCUGCUGCUACGACGACAACAUCAGCAGCUACAACAACAAUAACUGCUCCAACAACAACCACAUCUGCUCCGCUAACAACCACAGCUGGUCUCACAACAACCACAGCUGCUCCAACAACAACCACAGCUGCUCCAACAACAACCACAGCUGCUCUAACAACAACCACAGCUGCUCUAACAACAACCACAGCUGCCCCCACAACAUCCACAGGUUCCCUCAUAACAACCUCAGCUGCUGCUACGAUGACAACAGCUGCAGCUACAACAACCAUAACUGCUCCAACAACAACCACAUCUGCUCCCCUCACAACAACAGCUGGUCUCACAACAACCACAGUUGCUCCCACAACAACCACAGUUGCUCCCACAACAACCACAUCUGCUACCACAACAACCGCAGCUGCUCCCACAACUACCUUAGCUGUUCCAACAACAACCACAGCUGCUCUAACAACAACCACAGCUGCUCUAACAACAACCACAGCUGCCCCCACAACAACCACAGGUUCCCUCAUAACAACCACAGGUUCCCUCAUAACAACCUCAGCUGCUGCUACGACGACAACAGCUGCAGCUACAACAACCAUAACUGCUCCAACAACAACCACAUCUGCUCCCCUAACAACCACAGCUGCUCCCACAACAACCACAGCUGCUCCAACAACAACCACAGCUGCUCUAACAACAACCACAGUUGCUCUAACAACAACCACAGCUUCCCCCACAACAACCACAGGUUCCCUCAUAACAACCACAGGUUCCCUCAUAACAACCUCAGCUGCUGCUACGACGACAACCUCUGCAGGUACAACAACCAUAACUGCUCCAACAACAACCACAUCUGCUCCGCUAACAACCACAGCUGGUCUCACAACAACCACAGCUGCUCCAACAACAACCACAGCUGCUCCAACAACAACCACAGCUGCUCUAACAACAACCACAGCUGCUCUAACAACAACCACAGCUGCCCCCACAACAACCACAGGUUCCCUCAUAACAACCUCAGCUGCUGCUACGACGACAACAGCUGCUGCUACAACAACCAUAACUGCUCCAACAACAACCACAUCUGCUCCCCUAACAACCACAGCUGGUCUCACAACAACUACAGCUGCUCCAACAACAACCACAGCUGCUCCAACAACAACCACAGCUGCUCUACCAACAACCACAGCUGCUCCAACAACAACCACAGCUGCCCCCACAACAACCACAGGUUCCCUCAUAACAACCACAGGUUCCCUCAUAACAACCUCAGCUGCUGCUACGACGACAACAUCUGCAGCUACAACAACUAUAACUGCUCCAACAACAACCACAUCUGCUCCGCUAACAACCACAGCUGGUCUCACAACAACCACAGCUGCUCCAACAACAUCCACAGCUGCUCCAACAACAACCACAGCUGCUCUAACAACAACCACAGCUGCUCUAACAACAACCACAGCUGCCCCCACAACAACCACAGGUUCCCUCAUAACAACCUCAGCUGCUGCUACGACGACAACAGCUGCAGCUACAACAACCAUAACUGCUCCAACAACAACCACAUCUGCUCCCCUAACAACCACAGCUGGUCUCACAACAACCACAGCUGCUCCAACAACAACCACAGCUGCUCUAACAACAACCACAUCUGCUCCGUCAACAACCACAUCUUCCCUCAUAACAACCACAGCUGCUGCUACGACAACAACUGCUGCUGCUACGAAAACUAUAACUGCUCCAACAACAACCACAGCUGCUCCCCUAACAACCACAGGUGGUCUCACAACAACCACAGCUGCUCCCACAACAACCACAGCUGCUCUCACAACUACCUUAGCUGCUCCUACAACAACCAUAACUGCUCCAACAACAACCUCAGCUGCUCCCAAAACAACCAUAGCUGCUUUCACAACAACCACAGCGGCCCCAACAACAACCACAGUUGCUCCCACAACAACCACAGGUUCUCCCACAACAACCACAGUUGCUCCCACAACAACCACAGCUGCUCCCACUACAACCACAGCUGUUCUACAAUCAGCCACAGCUGCUCCAACAACAACCACAGCUUCUCCCACAACAACCACAUCUGCUCCAACAUCAACAACAGCUACUCUAACAACAACCACAGCUGCUCUAACAACAACCACAGCUGCUCCAACAACAACCACAGCUGCUCCCCUAACAACCACAGCUGGUCUCACAACAACCACAGUUGCUUCCACAACAACCACAGUUUCUCUCACAACAACCACAGCUGCUCCCACAACAAUCACAGUUGCCCCCACCACAACCACAGCUGCACCCAUCACAACCACAGCUGUUGCACUAACAGCAACAGCUGCUUCCAUAACGACCACAGCUUCUCCCACAACAACCACAUCUUCUCCCACAACAACCCUAGCUGCUCCAACAACAACCACAGCUGCUCCAACAACAACUACAGCUGCUCCAACAACAACCACAGCUGCUCCAACAACAACCACAUCUGCUCCCCUAACAACCACAGCUGCUCCCACAACAACCCUAGCUGCUUCCACAACAACCAAAGCUGCUGCUACGACAACAACAGCUGCUCCCAUAACUACCACAGCUGCUCCCACAUCAACCACAGCUGCUCCCACAACAACCACAGCUGCUCAGGCAACAACAACAUAUGCUGCCACAACAACCACUUCUGCUCCCACAACAACCACAGCUGCUCCCACAACAACCACAGCUGCUCCAGCAACAACCACAUUUGCUGCCACAACAACCACUUCUGCUCCCAAAACAACCACAGCUGCUCCAGCAACAACCACAGCUGCUCCCAAAACAACAACAGCUGCUCUGACCACAGUUACAACUGGUUCCUCAACUACUAUCAGAACAGCUGCCCCUCCACCACCAGAGGUUAAGUUGGGCUUCAAAUUGGAGCAAAACUUCCAAGCAGAUUUGAAAAAUGUUUCUUCACCAGCGUUCAAAGCAUUAGCAAGUACUUUGGCUACAGAGCUGGACACAGUUUAUCGAAACAAAUAUGGAUCCAGUUUUAAUCGCACAGAGGUUCUAGGUUUCAGUCAAGGUUCGGUUGUGGUAGAUGCUAAGCUGAUAUUUAACAAUGCCAGCUCAGUCCCUGAGUCCAGUGCAGUGGUUGAAACCUUGAUAGAGAAUGUCUCAAGCAACAGCUCUUAUUUCUCUCUCCCAUUGAACACAACUUCUAUCGUGGCAACAAGAGUUGACUCACCUACAACUACUACUUCUACUCCAGAUCCUCCAAUAUCAACACCAUAUACGGUCAUGAACGCAACUUCGGCCCCCUCAAACAGGUCAACUACAAACAUGGUUGUCAAUGCAACAUCGGAUCCUGUGAAUCUGUCAACAACACACAUAGUGCCCAAUGGACCAUCAGCGCCCAUAAAUGUGUUAACAUCAGCCCAAAAUGCUGUCAAUGUCACAUCAGGACCUGUAACACAAAGCAAUACAACUUCAACACUAUCAACUACAACCCCAUCUUUGUCAACUACCCCAAUAGUCAACACAACAGCUCCUUCAACUGCCCCCAUAGUCAACACAACAGCAACUCCAACUACCCCAGUAGUCAGCACAACAGGUCCUCCAACUACUGCAGUAGUAAAAACAUCUCUAGCUCCAACCGCUCCGAUAACCAAUUUGACCGAAGUACUAACUACCCCAUUACCAACUACGCCGGUAGCAACUACCCCAGUAACAACUACCCAAGUGCCAACUACAACGGCAUCCCGUGCAACAGAGGCGCCACUGACCAGCUCACAACUGUCACUGCAGUUCAGCCUGACAUCUACCUUCAAUAGCUCUCUGAGCAACAGCAGUUCACCAGAGUUCCUGGCUUUGUCAAAUCAUGUGACUACACAGCUGGAUAAUUUGUUCAAGGCUCUAUUUGGAGUCAGUUUCCUUCGAACUGUUGUGAAUAGUUUCAGGUCAGGGUCAAUUGUGGUGAAUUCUACGUUGAUAUUCAACAACAUCAGCUCAGUGCCCAACGAUAGCCUGGUAGCACAAACUUUACAAACUGCCAUUACUUCCAACACGUCUGGCCUGACCUUGCCUAUCAAUUCAUCCUCCAUUGUGGUCACACGCGCUACUACAAUGACUAAUGCAACCACCUCCGCUGCAACAACUGAUGCUCCAACUGCAGCUGUGACCACCACCACUCUGGCAGAUGUCACCACGACCCCUCCGGCAGUGGCCAAAACCACCACCACCGCUGUUCCGGCAGCAGCCACCACCACCGCUGUUCCGGCAGUAACCACCACCACCGCUGUUCCGGCAGUAACCACCACCACCGCUGUUCCGGCAGUAACCACCACCACCGCUGUUCCGGCAGUAACCACCACCACCGCUGUUCCGGCAGUAACCACCACCACCGCUGUUCCGGAAGCAGCCACCACCACUGCAGUCGCACCAACUGACCCUCCUUCUUCUAGUGAAGGAACCCUGAUUCUUCGGUUCAGUCUCGAUGAGAAAUUCACCUCGGAUCUUGCCAACCCGUCCUCUUCAGCAUUCAAGGCUCUGGCUGGCAAAGUGGUCUCAGAGGUGAACAAGAUUUUUGCUAGAACCCCAAGCUUCCUUCGUUCCAUUGUCAACUCAUUCAAGAGUGGAUCUGUAGUUACCAACAUGACUCUGGUGUUCAGUAACAAAUCUUCGGUUCCCAGCGCAUGCAGCGCACAGGCAACUUUCACCAUCAGUUCCACCUCCCUGAACAUCCUACAGGGCAGCGUCAAUGUUGAGUCAUCAGUCAAUUCAGGAAGUGCUCCCCGACCCACUUCCUUCUGUCUGGCUUUCUUGCCUCUCACUUUGGCACUGCUAAUGGUACAGUUGCUGGCUAACUAAUAGCCUGUGUCAUAGCUCCUAUGGCAUUUUUUUCACCAAUGAAUUGUUUUCCAGCUCUCAUAGAGACAGCCUUAUGAUUAAGGACCUGCUUUGGCAGAAGAAUGCACAAUGGAUUGUGCCUGUGUUAAUUGGCAAAAUAUAUAUAUAUAUAUAUUUAAUGUACAUUCCCCCAAGUACAUACACAAACAAAACACACCUAAUUGUACAUUUUGAUGUCAAGUAUGAUAUUUGUGACAUUCCUUAAGAAAUCAUAUAGUUUUUUUUCUGCUUAUGAAUACAAUGCAUAUACCUUUUCUUUCAAGUGACUGUAUUUAUACUUAACCAUAUAGGCUCCAAAGACAUUACUUAUUUAUUUGCAUCUUGCACACAGCAGCUUGCACAUGUUUUAUCUUUUAGAUUAAUACAGAAAAUAACUGAAAGAUUAGAAAACCGUUCCUACAACAUGUGACAUCCAAAUCCUAUUGUAUACUUUUUGUAUUGUGUUAUUUGAUCAUAGUUGCAUUUUUAGUUAUUAACUGAUUGUAACUACUUUAUAUCUGUUUUUAAAUUCACCAAAUACCUUUAUGAUAUUUACUUUUAGUUAUUUUGGGCAAAUCACUGAAGUGUGUCAAAGGGGCCGAUGACGUAAUGCUGAGCACUGCACUGUUAAAAACAUUGUAACUUCUUAUCUUGUUAAUAUUCAAUCCAAUAUGUAAAACACGUAGAAGUACAUUUUCUUCAUUACUGUUUUAAUAUAAUUCUUUUUUGGGUCAUGUAAUUGGGUUGAAUAAUUUAUUCAGAAGUUACCAUGUGAGUAACAAUUUACAAACCUGCACCCCAAAUUACAUUUAUAAACAGUAAUCUUAUAUUUAUACUGAACAAAAAUAUAAACACAACAUGUAAAAUGUUAGCCCCAUGUUUCAUGAGCUGAAAUUUUAAGAUCCCAGAAAUGUGCCAUAAGCAAAAAAAAGCUUCUUUUUCUCAAAUGUUGUGCACCAAUUUGUUUUCAUCUCUGUUAGUGAGAAUAUGUCCUUUGCCAAGAUAAUCCACCCCCCAUAACAGUUUUGGCAUAUGACCACUUUACAUGUUGCAUGUAUAUGUUUGUUCAGUAUUCCUGUAAAUCUAUCUAUUUAUCUUUCUAUCUGUCAUUAAAUAAACGUUUUGAAUGAAACA